AUGAGGUCAAGAAUUGGAACCUCUAUGCUACUGAUCUUCCUUUUCGUCCAAAUUUAUUCUGUUUCUGCACUCACAAAUGGUCUGGAUGCUUCUGCAUUACAAUCCCUGAAAGCUGAAUGGACCAGAUUUCCUGUGAGUUGGGAAGGCUCAGAUCCUUGUGGGACCAAAUGGGUUGGAAUUACAUGUAGCGAUGACCACGUCGUUUCCAUAUCACUAGGUCAUCUUAACUUGGAGGGAAAGCUUUCUUGGGAUAUUACAGCCUUGGCUGAAUUGCAGAUCUUGGAUUUGUCAUAUAAUAUUGGACUAUCCGGAUCUCUUCCACCAAAUAUCGGUGACCUUAAGAAGUUGAGGAACUUGAUCCUUGUGGGAUGUAGUUUCAGCGGGCAAAUCCCCGAGUCCGUUGGAUCUUUAGAACAACUUGAAUAUCUCUCCUUGAACUCAAAUCAAUUUAGUGGAACAAUCCCAGCUUCCAUUGGACGGUUAUCGAAACUAUAUUGGUUCGAUAUAAGUGACAAUCAGAUCGAAGGAAAUAUUCCAGUUUCAAAUGGAACUUCUUCACCAGGACUUGACAUGCUUCAUGAAACAAAACAUUUUCAUUUUGGAAACAACAAGCUUUCAGGCGAUAUCCCAGAAAAACUCUUCAGCUCCAACAUGACUUUGAUCCAUGUGUUAUUCGAUAACAACCGAUUCACGGGGAAAAUACCAGACAGCCUCAGCCUCGUUAAAGCAUUGACAAUUUUGCGCCUUGAUGUGAAUAAACUAAGUGGAGACAUUCCUUCAGGUCUUAAUAAUCUCACAAAUCUUGAAUACCUGCACUUGGCCAACAAUCGAUUUACAGGUAGUCUUCCAAUUUUAAGCAGCUUGGCCAGUCUAAACAGUUUAGAUGUCAGCAAUAACACUUUGGAUAUGUCACCCAUUCCAUCAUGGAUCUCUUCAUUACACAUGUUGAAAAUUUUAAAUAUGGAAGGGAUCCAACUUGUAGGUCCAAUACCAUUCUUCCUUUUCAGCCAUAUUCAGUUGCAGAUUGUUAAUCUAAAGUGCAAUAGGAUAAACGAAACCUUGGACUUUGGUACUAUUAAUAGCAGCCAGUUGAAGUAUGUGGAUUUACAAUACAAUAAUAUAACUGACUAUAAACCACCAACUAAUAAACGCAUCAAAGUAAUAUUGGCGAAUAAUCCUGUAUGGCGGGAGGUGGGGAACGAACGGAAGUAUGUUCAGCAAUCCAUCACAAAUGCUCAUCUUUUUUACCGUCCCAAGAAACUAUUCUUCUUGUGA